GCCCUUAUUCGUUCAUUGACGCUGUCUUGAGCUGCAGUUCAUCAGAUCAAUCACAGGUAUGAAGAUCUUUUCACUGAUCAGAUUCACACAGACUCGCGUCUGAAAACAAGAACCGAAUCUCUCAUAAUGUUGUUUUAAUUAUAUUUUCAUUACAUCAAUUAUUUUGAAUGCUGGUGUCUCUAAUCCUGAAGUAUUAAUGAAGGCGUGUCCUGACGUCACGGCGCGCGUCACUCGCGAAUAAGUUCUUCAGUCAGUGUCGCGUCGCGUCAUUCAGUUCAAACUCUCACACGCGCAUCACAGCAAGAGAACAUGAUAAUUGACAGAGUUUCUGAGGACUUCUCGGGUGUUCUGGACCGGGACACCGAUGUUAUGACGAGUCCGGUCAACCUGUGGUCAUUCUACGGCUGUUCUUCUCCCACAGAACCGAAUCUGUCGGCCGGAUCUCCGAACUCUGAUUCGGAUCAGAGCUGGAGCGAUGCGGGUAGUCCGCGAAACAGCUUCAACGCAGAAGAUCUGGGCGCGCGCAGACCGAGUCGGUAUCAAGGUGUGCGCGUGAAGAACACCGUCAAAGAGCUGAUCAUGCAGAAACGUCAUCAUGAGAUACAGGUUCAGCAAUAUCAAAUUGAGAGUGAAUAUCCAGUUACAACCCAUUUGCUGCAGAGGAAGAGGGAAGCAGAGAAUCCGUCUCACUGUCCUGUGAAACGACUGCGAGCCGCAGAUGGAAACGCCCUGUCUCCAUGUGCCCAAGAUGAGAACAUGUUUUAUGAUCGUGAGAUGCUGGAGGACAUCGGUGAGGUCCUGUCCAUUGAGUCUGUGACCGUGAGGGGAUGUCCAGCGCCAGUGUGUCGUCCUGCUCAGGGUCAAGAGUCUCUUCUGGCCCUGUACACUGAACCUGAGAGCCGCAUGUACACCGACUGCCGUCUGAUGUUGCCCGCGCAGGGCACUUACACGCCCUCCAUCCCGGCGCUGGGCUCUCUCCAUGUGACCGCAGACGCCCCAGUGUCCUUCUUCCAGUGGCAGAUCCAGCAGGAGGAGGAGAAACUGGCCGCUUUGAGCCCUGUGGAGCUCACCACCAGAGACGGGGACGGAGACACGUUCUUGCACAUCGCAGUGGCUCAGGGCAGAAGAGCGCUGGCGUUUGUGCUCGCCGGAAAAAUGGCCGCCAUUGAAAUGCUGGACAUGAAGGAACACAACCACCAGAGCGCGUUCCAGGUCAGUGUUGCCGCAGAUCAGCACCUGAUUGCACAAGACCUGCUUUCACUCGGAGCUGAAAUCAACACCAUGGACUGCUGGGGCCGAUCCCCGUUACACGUGUGUGCUGAGAAGGGCCACGCCUCCACACUGCUGGCCAUCCAGAAAUCCAUGGUGACGAGUGGGCGGCAGGUCAAUGUGGAGGUGGUCAACUAUGAUGGCCUCACCCCUCUGCACGUGGCAGUCCUGUCCCAUAAUGCCGUGGUGCAGGAGCUGCUGUGUGGCGGGACGCCCCCCUCCGCUCAGAGUCCGGCUCUGCUGCAGAAGAGGAAGCUGCUCUCCGAGUGUAUCGCCACUCUGCUGCUCAUGGGCGCUUCGCUGGACACCAAGGUGAAGGUGGUUCUGCAGCCGCUCCAGGCGCCGCUGUGUCUGAUGUUCCCGACUCACGCGUUUUCUCCGUGUUCCAAACAGGACCGCAAGAGUGGCCGCACCGCUCUGCACAUGGCUGCCGAAGAGGCCAACAUCGAGCUGCUGCGCCUGUUUCUGGAUCAGCCCAGCUACUUCUCUGUCAUAAACGCAAAGGCGUUCAACGGGAACACGGUGCUGCACAUGGCCAGCGCGCUGCAGGGUCGGCAGGCUCAGGUGGACGUGGUUCGGUUACUGCUGAGACGAGGAGCCGAUCCCAGCGCCAAGAACCUGGAAAACGAGCAGCCGGCCCAGCUGGUGCCCGAGGGUCCGCUGGGAGACCAGGUGCGUCGGAUCCUGAAAGGUAAAGGAGCGCAGUCCCGCUCCUGAGCGUCCGUCCCGUUCUUCCCUUAGGAAUCGCUGUCAGUCAGGCAGUCCGGUCUGUACAGAUUCAUUUGCCACUUCAGGCAGAUGUCGGUUGUUUCUAUGAAACAGUUUUAUCAUUGUUCACUACUGAGUAGUAGACGGCACAGGAAAGUGAGAGCAACAGUUCAGAGAAUCUGCCUGACAAUAGAAGAAGAGUCCAGUGUAAUGAGGAGGGUCAGGAUGGGUUAUUCCAAAAGUGAUAUCAUUAAUAAACAGAAGACACAACGUUAAAGAGAAGGAAGUGAAGCGUGUUCGUUCACAUUCAGUCACUGGAUUGAACAGUGAAUCUUCUUCUGUUGUUCAGUAGCAGAUCUGAAGUGUUGCAUUUGGCUCUGGUGUGUAAAGGGUUGUAAAGUAUAAUCUUCAAACAGUGUAACUAUAUCCGUAUUGUUGUUAUUAUCACUCUCGUGUGUGUUUAGUCAGAAGGUUUGCGUGUUAAACAUUAUCAACGGUCUUCACUGAAGAUGGUAAUCAGUAACUUUAAACCAGUUGGACCAGAACGUCCUUGAUUGUUGACUUAAGGCGUGUUUCAGCAUGUCAUUUUAGGACUUUCCUCCAUUGAUAAUUAACUUUUUUGUGAGGUCAUGUGAUUCUCUAUCCUCUAAUUAUCCUGGAUUAAUAUUUAAAUGAUUCAGUUUGAUUGUAACUGUUAUUCUCAGGUCUAAAAUAGGGUUAAAGGUGAUUCUUUAUGAAAACAGAGAUUUUAAGAGCUCAUAUUGAUUGUAUCUGUAUGAUUUUGCUGAUGUUCAUGUUCAUGAGGUGAUGGUUUCGUGUUGUUCUGUAUAUAUUAUGGCAGGAGUGGGUUUGUGUUUCUCUGCAGGUCACUUGAUAUUCUGUAAGUUGUAAUUGUCAACUGUAAUUCAGUCCUAAAUAAAAAUUUCCUUGUUAGCA